AUGAGCCCUAAAUUGAUUUUUCUCAUGCUUAUUAUACCUUAUGUGUCAUCUUUCCCACAAGAUACCGCAUACCCAACUCCAUAUGCUGAAGAAGAGUUGAUACCUCCAAGAAGGGAAGUUUAUGGAAGUGGGAGAAUUUACGAUAUUACCCAUAGGGUUACAUCUGGAACACUCUCGGGGGUAUCUGAUGAAGGAAUUGGGGAGUAUCUUACACUCUUUCAAAGCAUGAAAAAUGGAUCAGAUUAUAAUUUCUCCAUCAUAAAGUUACCUGCUCAUUCUGGAACUCAUGUAGAUGCACCUGGACAUUUUUAUGAAAAUUAUUAUCAAGCAGGGUUUGAUAUCGAUAGUCUUGACUUAGAAGUACUCAAUGGUCCAGCAUUAUUAGUUGAUGUUCCAAGGGACAAGAACAUAACAGCUGAAGUUAUGGAGGCCUUGAAGAUUCCCAAAGGAGUAAGGCGUGUGCUUUUUAGAACAUUAAACACUGAUAGACGGUUAAUGUCGCAAACAAGAUUUGACACAAGCUAUGUGGGAUUUAUGAAGGAUGGAGCCCAGUGGUUGAAAGACAACACUGACAUCAAACUUGUUGGUAUUGAUUACUUGUCGGUUGCUGCAUAUGAUGAUCUCAUUCCUGCACAUCUUGUUUUCUUAAAGAGCAGGGAAAUCAUUCUUGUUGAAGGUUUGAAACUUGACGAUGUGGAAGCAGGAUUGUAUAAUGUCCACUGCUUACCCUUAAGGUUACUAGGAGCAGAAGGAUCUCCCAUUAGAUGCAUCCUAAUCAAGUGAUACUAGUAAUAGUAAAGCAUGUUCAUAAAUAAACUAUGUUUCUUUUCAACAACUUUCCUUUGUUUUUUGACGUUUCGUUGUAAACUAGUAGUUAGUUCUUGCAAAAGUACAAAAAGAGAUACCGUGGUUUUAUAUAAUAAUCAGGUUUGGUAGAUCAUG